GGCGCCAGGGAGAACCUGGAAUUAAACUCACUUCCGGUCAAGACCUAGCUAGAAAAUAGCCCGUCCUACUAACCAGCCCCUACCUCUAGGCCAUCCCGGCCAAACGGCGGUCUCUCCCUCUCUUCCAGCCUUUUUCAGAUAGCGGUCCUCCUCCCUCCUAUCUUCCCCCAAGGAGAUUCUCCCCUAGAUUACCCUACUGCGGCGCUGUGAGUGCGGCGGGGGAGCUGAGAGUGCCCACAGGCUGGAGCCCGUGUCAUUUCCUCCCUAGGUGAAUCAAUUUGGACAACUCGGGGUUUCCCCGGCCCCUCCCUAGGCAAACACGAAACUAACCCUGCUCUCGGUUCAGUUUUGGUUACUCAUCGUUUACAUGCCAGUGAGAAUCUGCUUCUUUCUCCUGAAAUGGCGUCACUCGUGGGAAAGGGGGGGUCCGAUCCUCGCUUCCCACCCUCACCCGGCCUGUGGGGGCAACCCUCGGGAGCAGGCAUCCCUCCCGUCUGACGAGUUUGACCAGGGCCGGAUCCGAGUGUGGGAAGGAGCCAGUACUGUGCUGGCCACGGGGGGGCGUGUCCUGUUGUUUUGCCCUUUUCCGUAGAGCCUGCGUGGGCGGGUCCCGAGAGGAAAGUGAUUGCGCGCCUGAGUGGCCGGCAAGCAGUAAAUCCACAAAGACAGACGCGAGACGGGGCCCACGCCCAGCUUUGCUCGCCCCGCCCCGCAAACAUCUAGCAGCGCAGGAGGCGAGGCCCUAGGGUGGGCGGGCCCGCGCACGCGCCGCAUGGGGGGAUUCCGGAAGCGACACCCAGAAACGAGAUGGAGAAGUACGAGAGGAUCCGAGUGGUGGGGAGAGGUGCCUUCGGGAUUGUGCACCUGUGCCUGCGAAAGGCUGACCAGAAGCUGGUGAUCAUCAAGCAGAUCCCGGUAGAACAGAUGACCAAGGAGGAGCGGCAGGCAGCCCAGAAUGAGUGCCAGGUACUCAAGCUGCUCAACCAUCCCAAUGUCAUUGAGUACUACGAGAACUUCCUGGAGGACAAGGCCCUCAUGAUCGCCAUGGAAUAUGCGCCAGGUGGCACCCUGGCUGAGUUCAUCCAAAAGCGUUGUAAUUCCCUGCUGGAGGAGGAGACCAUCCUGCACUUCUUUGUGCAGAUCCUGCUCGCACUGCAUCAUGUGCACACCCACCUCAUUCUGCACCGGGAUCUCAAGACCCAGAACAUUCUCCUUGACAAACACCGCAUGGUUGUCAAGAUUGGUGACUUCGGCAUCUCCAAGAUCCUUAGCAGCAAGAGCAAGGCCUACACGGUGCCUGGGCAUGGAGGGGACUUCCAGGGUGCUAGAGGUCUUGAGGGCCAAGGCUAUUCUACAUCCCUAUUUCCUCCCCUGCCCACUAAAAAUGUGGUGGCCCCUGCUUGGGUGGUCCUGCAGAAGGAAGUCCCUUGCCAUGCUUUGAGAAGAAGCUAUCCCCAAAUAGGCAUGUGGGCAGAGCCUCUGGUCCUCCCUCCCCCCAGGGCUGUGAUCUCAGCUUCCCUCCCGCAGGUGGUGGGUACUCCAUGCUACAUUUCCCCAGAGCUGUGUGAGGGCAAGCCCUACAACCAAAAGAGUGACAUCUGGGCCCUGGGCUGUGUCCUCUACGAGCUAGCCAGCCUCAAGAGGGCCUUUGAGGCUGCGAACCUGCCAGCGCUGGUACUGAAGAUCAUGAGCGGCACUUUUGCGCCUAUCUCUGACCGGUACAGCCCUGAGCUGCGCCAGCUGGUCCUAAGUCUACUCAGCCUGGAGCCUGCACAGCGGCCACCACUCAGCCACAUCAUGGCGCAGCCCCUCUGCAUCCGCGCCCUCCUCAACCUCCACACCGACGUGGGCAGCGUCCGCAUGCGGAGGCCUGUGUCCGAAGUGGGGGGCAGCCCUGGGCGGCAGGGUGGGGGCACCCAGUGGGAGCACAGGAGGCCUGGGGUGAGUCCUCCAUUCCUGAGUGUGGGAAUGCUGGGGAAGGCCCGGGUCCCGAGAGCCCCAUCUGUCCCGCAGGUCGGAGAAGUCCCUGGCCACCGGACCACCCAUGGCCCCCGGCAGCACAGGGAGCAGGACCACCAGCGCCCGCUGCAGGGGCGUACCCCGGGGACCUGUGAGGCCCGCCAUCCCGCCGCCACUGUCCUCGGUGUAUGCCUGGGGCGGCGGGCUGGGCGUCCCCCUACGGCUCCCGAUGCUCAACACAGAGGUGGUACAGGUGGCAGCCGGGCGCACGCAGAAGGCCGGCGUCACGCGCUCUGGGCGCCUCAUCCUGUGGGAAGUGAGCAGGCUGAGGUGCACCUGGACAGGAAGGGGGGGUCCAAAACAGGGUUGGAUGCUCAGGCCCCGCCCACUCCCUCCUCCCCGUCCCCUCUGCAGGCCCCUCCCCUCGGCGCCGGUGGGGGCCCGCUCCUCCCGGGGGCGGUGGAGCAGCCACAGCCCCAGUUCGUCUCGCGUUUCCUGGAGGGCCAGUCAGGCGUGACCAUCAAGCACGUGGCCUGCGGGGACCUUUUCACCGCCUGCCUGACCGACCGAGGCAUCAUCAUGACCUUUGGCAGUGGCAGCAACGGGUGCCUAGGCCACGGCAGCCUCACUGACAUUAGCCAGCCCACCAUUGUGGAGGCCCUGCUGGGCUAUGAGAUGGUGCAGGUGGCCUGUGGGGCCUCUCACGUGCUGGCCCUGUCCACUGAGCGAGAACUGUUUGCCUGGGGCCGUGGAGAUGGCGGCAGGCUGGGACUAGGCACCAGGGAAUCCCACAGCUGCCCCCAGCAAGUGCCCAUGCCCCCAGGACAGGAAGCCCAGCGGGUUGUAUGUGGCAUCGACUCCUCCAUGAUCCUCACUGUGCCCGGCCGAGCCCUGGCCUGUGGGAGCAACAGGUUCAACAAGUUGGGCCUGGACGACCUCUCCCUGGGCGAGGAGCCUGUCCCGCACCAGCAAGUGGAGGAGGCCCUGAGCUUCACACCACUAGGCUCUGCACCCCUGGACCGGGAGCCCCUGCUGAGUGUGGACCUGGGCACUGCUCAUUCAGCUGCUGUGACUGUCUCCGGUGACUGCUACACUUUUGGCAGCAAUCAGCACGGGCAGUUGGGCACCAGUGCUCGCCGGGGCAGCCGGGCACCCUGUCAGGUUCAAGGCCUCGAGGGUAUCAAGAUGGCAAUGGUGGCCUGUGGGGAUGCCUUCACUGUAGCCAUCGGGGCAGAGGGUGAAGUGUACUCUUGGGGCAAAGGGGCCCGAGGUCGACUGGGAAGGAAGGAUGAGGAUGCUGGACUCCCCCGGCCAGUGCAGCUGGAGGAGACACACCCUUACACAGUGACUUCCGUGUCCUGUUGCCAUGGAAACACUCUCCUGGCUGUUCGCCCACUCACAGAUGAGCCGGUCCCCCCCUGAGGCACCUGGAUACACCUCUGGACCACCCUGAUAUUGCUUCUCUGAAUGUUCUGAAAAGUUGAGGUGGCUGAAGCAUGAUGGUCCCCACCAGCUCCAUGGAUUGUGUCAUCAAUGGGGUAUAAGGGCCAGUGAAAGCCCUGCUCUGCUUUUGGUUCUGGAUAUGGAAACCUCAACCCACUCUGUUUCUGUAACACCCCUUUUCCCUUCCUACUGCCUCUUCCCUUAAGUCAGUGUCCCCAUGGUCUAGCCUGGCUAGAGCUGGAAGCCAGACCUAGCCUUUGCAAACAGGGUGGUCUCCAGAGCCUUGGCACAAACGGGCUGAAGGCAGCUGUGGCUCCACCCAGAGCCUGCCCUUUGCCCCAGCCCAGUUAGAAAAUAAGUCCCUGGUGCCUACCAGGACUGGCUCCGAGCUUUGGAGCAGGGCAAGCCGGGGCCUGCCUGGACUGGCCAUUAGGCCUGCCUAGCUUCUGCACAGCCUGGGGCAGGGAGGUCCCAGGGAGUGCUGCCACUCUGCCCACCCCUUUACCCCGAGGCAGGGAUUUGUACUGUGUCUUUUAUCCUCACUUCCCCAGGAGAGAGCAGGGGCCACUAAGUGUCUACAGCAGAGAGGAAUCUGGCUGAAGGUCGCCCCUCACCCCAUGCCUUUCCCCAGAACCAGGCUGAGGGAAAGUGUAACUGAGGGGACCUGACCAGUUUCCCAGAGGACUGGCAGUAACGCCAAUAAAAAUAUGAGCUGCCUG